AUGUCUGAGCGGAGCAAUUACUCCUACAACGGGCCGCGCCCCAACCCGUUAUACGGCGGCCCGAAGGCCUCUAAAGCCACCAGCUCUAGCAGCCAGAACCCCUCGUGGGUGCGUCGCGAGCCGUCCGCGUCGCACGCCUAUAGCGACUCAAACUGCUCCCCCGGCGCCUCGCCCGCACGCAGCAACCGCAGCGGCGGAGGCCCGUACUACGCGCCGCAGUAUGAAAACCCCGGGUAUACCGUCGAGACUCCAGGACACUAUAACGGGUUCGGAACGGGCCCCGGUUCUGUCGGCGGAAGCUCCAUCCCCGCCGCGUCGCCCUACCGCCCGACCGCGUCCUAUUUCGUGCAGACGCCCGCGCAUUCCGACCGCGCGGGGCUUUUCAGCUCGCCCGGGUCGUCCGCGCCGUCGUCGCCGCGCUUCGGCGACGAAGACGCGCGGAGCAUGCGAUCCGGACGAGGGGGCGCGUCCGUUGCGAUCAACGGCGGCGACGGCGACGACGACUACGACGAUUUUUACCCGGAUCACCUGCGCGACGCGGACCGGCGACGCAAGUGGUGGAUCGCAUUCUGGGCGUAUACGUCGUUGAUCGUCGGACUGCUGCUGGUCGCAGGCGCGAUCGUGUGCUGGAUCAUCUUCCAACCGACGGAACCAACGUACACUUUCGACUACGUGGCGGUGAACCAGUUUACUGUAUACCAGGACAUGCUUGACGGUAACGGAAUGGCGACGGACCAUCUGUACGCCAACAUGACGUUCAUCUUCUCUAUACGCAACCCCAACACGCGGUUUAACACGUGGUUCGACGGCGGCGAUCUCUCCAUCAGCUAUCACAACAUGGCGAAUAUCAUGAAGACAACGCUGCCGACCUUCCAGCAGGAGCAACUCGAGUGGUCCAGCUUCAACCGCUCGCUCUCAACCAUGGCGUUUCCGCUGUACGCAGGGGGGACGUUCAUGCGCGCGGACAUGGCGGAGCAGUUCGUUCCGCUGAAGCUGAACGCGACGCUCAACAGCCACGUGGACGUGGCGUGGAAGAUCAUCCAGCCGAAAUACUCGCAGCUGCUGGAGUGCGUGAACAUGAGUUUCCGCGGAGGCGGAACGGCCGGGGGAAGCGCGCGCAAGGGCCCGCAAUAUGUGCGCCACAUCCCCAAGUUCCUGCAGAAGUACGAGCAUCUGAUAGAGAAGCGCGAGGGACAGAAGGUGGUGCGGGAUAUGGGGGGAGGGGAAGGGGAGGGGGAAGGGGAGGGGGAAGGGGGAGAGGGGGAGGAAGCAGGAGGAGGAGCGGGGGGGGUAGGGGGAGCGGUAGCAGGAAGGCAGACAACACAUGAUGACGAUGGUGAGUGGGGCAUGGGGAUGGGGGUGGUGAUGGGGGAUGGGGAUGGGGAUGUGGAUGGGGAUGGGGGAUGGGGAUGGGGGAUGGGGAUGGGGGUGGUGAUGGGGGUGGGGGUGGGGGUGGGGGUGGUGAUGGGAAUGAUGAGGUUGCGGGUGGGGGGGAGUGGUGGGGGUGGGGAUGGGGAUGGGGGUGGUGAUAGGAAUGAGCUUGCAGGUGGGGGGGAGUGGUGGGGGGAGUGGUGGGGGGAGUGGUGGGGGUAUGGCAGGCAGCAGGAGGGCAGAUGGCACAUGAUGACGAUGGUGAGUGGGGGAUGGGGAUGGGGGUGGGAAUUGGGUGGCGUGUUGUGGGGAGUGAUGGGGUUGGGAAUAUGGGUGGGCGAGUAA